UAAAACAGGACAAAGCUUCUUUAGCCUUCCCUGACAUGGCUGAGUGAAGAGGUCGUUUCAGUUUGUCUAAAGUUUGUCUAAAGAGUCUCCGCUUACUAACUGAGCUGGAAAUAUGAAGCCUAUUUAAAACUCGGGACUAAAGUGAACUUCUCGAAGAAUUCCUACUUUAAAACAGGGGUGAAAGAAUCCUGGACAAGAAUGGCUGUCUUACAUUGAUACGAACAAGGACCAACCUCACUGACCACACAGCAAUACUGAUCAUUUAUACACAACCGCCAUAGGAAGCUGCACCAUGGUAAAGGGGAAGAAGGGUGGACCAAAGAGCAAAAAGAUCACCCUUAAAAUGGCCAGGAAUGCCCUCAGGAUGACUCCUGAAGGAAAACGGCGGCUAGAUCUGAGCAACAUGGGAAUCGAUUCUUUCCCCAAAUGCCUUUUGAAACUGACUGAUGUGGAGGAGCUGGACCUGAGCCGCAAUCAGUUGAAGAAGAUACCAGAGUUUAUUGGUCAGCUCACUGGCGUCCGCUGGCUGGACCUCCACAGCAACUACAUUGAACAGCUGCCGAGGAGCAUCGGACAGCUGGACGCCCUGUGUCACCUCAACUUGUGCAACAACAGUCUAGGCUCUGCUGGCUUACCUGCUGACAUAGGCAACCUGACGAGCCUGCAAACACUCAACCUGGGUAUGAACAGGCUGACCACUCUCCCUCAGACCAUGGCCACUCUGACCAACCUGAGAGAGCUAGGCCUAUUCGAUAACCUGCUCACUGCUAUUCCCGAAUGCAUCAGAGUGCUGCCCAACCUAAGGAAAAUCAACACCACACGCAAUCCCAUAGCCUACACUCAGGGAGACACCAAAGAUGCCAAAGCAAGUGAGGGAAUAUAUUUGAUCAGGGAAGUGGAUCUGUGUAAGCUCUGCCUGGAGAAAUGUAAGGAGGAGAGGCAGAGAUUGAAACGGAAAAGGCUUUCUGAUCAGUCUCAGAGGAGGAGUAAUUUCUCAGGGCUGAUCACGCCAAACUCAGUGGCACAGAGCAAUCAGGAGCUGUGGCGAUAAACUCCCACCUCACUUGCUGCUCAAAAAGGGGGCUGACCAACCUGAUGAAGACAGCAUUAUCAUUCAAAUGGAUUUUUAAAUACAGAAAGUAUAUUAAGAUGCAGUGCUUUAACUAUAAACAUCUGUAUUAUUUUUCAUGCAAUAAAAAUGCAAAAAACAAGCUGACUAGCUUUAAAAUAAAUAAAUAAAAUACAAACACUAUUCUGUACUCAAUCUGUACUGUUAACUAAACACCAGUACUUGUGCUACUCUUGCUACAAUUGCACUUGUUGAAAAAUAAUCUUGUUUGGUUUUAAAUGUAACAAAUUUACACAUAUCACAGCACAGCGGCAAAGAUCAAGUAUAUUAGUAGCUCGUUGUCUUGCAAAGUAAAAUUGGAGGAAGUUUUGAUGCUGCAGGAAUCAGUUACUGAUCCGUUUCAGCGUGUUAAAUAAGUAUUACUGUCACUCAAUUAUAACGCUGUAAUUCAAAUAUUAGACAAUGCAUAAAUGUGGUUCUCCUCAAAGUCUGUGUUUGGCUGUCAGUUUGCAGUAACUGCAGGGUCUCUGAGGAGACAGCUUGGGAAAAGAUGAUGGAGCUUUGAAACCACGGAAGCCCAGGGACACUUACCUGACAUUAUGCACAGCCUCUGUCACCCCUCUUCCCUUUAAUGAAGGCACUACAGAGCACAACCUAGAAAGAGAAAAGAGAAAGAUCAAUCUGGCUCUGCCCUGUCUAAUCAAACAUACUCAUCGAUCAGCACUCGAAUUCCUUGUUUUUACCGCUUAAAAGCCCCGACGUGGUCUUUGUUCGUGAACACCAGGAACACGGAAGACCCAUUCUUCAUGAAGAUCUCAACGGCAUUCUCCUACGUAAAACAGAGAAAAGGCAAAUGCUAAUCUAAUACAACUCAACAGCUCUGUGUAGGAUCAGUGC